AUGUCAGGCCGCGACCUUGACAGGUACUCAAGGCAGAUAAUGCUGGAGGAGAUAGGCUACAACGGCCAGCUGGACAUCCGCAGGGCCAGGGUCUGCAUAGUGGGCUCCGGCGGGCUGGGAAAUCCGAUAGCGUCGCGCCUCGUGGCCAUGGGGGUGGGAACCGUGAGGCUGGUCGACAGGGACGUAAUCGAGCUCUCAAACCUGCACCGCCAGACCCUGUUUGAUGAGGGGGACGUGGGCCAGGUCAAGGUGGAGGCGGCGGCCGCACACCUGCGCAAGAUGAACUCAGGCGUCCUGAUCGAGCCGCUGGCUGUCUCUGUAAACAUGUACAACGCGCCAGACGUGGUGGACGGAUGCGACGUGGUGAUCGACGCGCUGGACAGCGUCAGCGCAAGGUACGCGCUGAACCGGGCAUGCGUCAAGAAGGGGAUUCCGUUUGUCACGGGGGCCGCCGUGGGGACCUCGGGACAGGUCUUUACCGUCCUGCCGGGCAGGACUGCCUGCUACCACUGCAUGUUUCCCGAGCUUGACGAGGACUCGAUGCCCACAUGCUCAAUUGAGGGGGUGCAUCCGCCGGUCCUCUCGAUAGUGGCCGCCAUCGAGGUGGCCGAGGCGGUCAAGAUAAUGCUGAAGAAGAGCCCCAACCUGUCAGAGCGCAUACUGCAUGUGGAUAUCGAGAACCUUGACUUUUCGUUUACGCGCACGUUCCGGGCCGAGGAGUGCCCGGUGUGCGGCUCCGGCAGGGAGCGGGAGGCGCCAAGGCAGGAGAUGAUCAUUGAGGAGCUGUGCGGCCGCAACCGCGGCCGGCGCACGUUCUCACUGACGCCAACGCAGUCAGCGGAUCUUGACGUGGAGCGGGUCACGAGAAUUGCAAGGGAGAAGGGGUUCACGGUGGACAACCAGGGCGAUCUUGGGCUGUCCGUGCGCACGACCGACCUUGCCGUCAGCUUCAUGAAAAAAUGCUCGGCCGUGGUGGUGGGGCCCCGGGACGAGGACGAGGCGCUGCAUCUCUACUGCUCCCUUCUGGGAAGGCCCCCGCUGGUCAAAAGCCGGUAG